GUCAGAGGGCAAACUUGACUCGGUCAAACAUGCAGACACCUGUUUAACACUCUGAUUGUGUUAUUUCUCAAGAGUUUCUCAUUUAGAUUUCUUUUCUUAUUCUACCUUUGAGUGUGUGGUUCAAGCUUUUAUUGCACAUGUUUGGCACCACCUCCCCCACAGUGCAUAUGGCCAUGGCCUUUGACAGAUACGUGGCCAUUUGUCGUCCCCUGUUCUACAGCACAAUAAUGACCAACAGGAUGAUAGUAAAGCUGCUAGUGCAGGGGUUCCUAGUUUGAACUGGUUGGGAUUCAACUGGCUCUGACUGUGAGGCUAAAUUGAUGCAGGACGCUCAUAACCCUUUCUGUGAUAAUUCCUCACUUUUCAAGCUCUUCAGUGAGAGUAUGAUCAUUAAUAGUAUUGAUAGUCUAACGUUCACUGAGCUUCUGUUUGUAAAAUCUAUUGGCUGCAUUGUUCUCACGUAUGGGAGCAAAUUGUAGAAUUUUUAAUAUGAGUUUCCAAACCAAAGAAAUGGCGAAGAAACAAGCUGUCUUUGUGAAUUUAUUCUUGUAGACUCUGACUUGCAGAUUCCACCCCCUCUUCCAUUUUCAAGGACUCUACAAGCUGUGAAAUAUAAUCCUUUACAACACCCUCCAAUCAAUAGGACAUCAAUACUGUCCUAUCAAUUGAACAUGUUCCAUAACUGUCGUGUGUAUUCAGGCUAAAUAUCCAGUUAAUUCAACUUUACCAACAUACAUACACACACACACAGUCGUGUUUUCAUAUCUUGUGGGGACAUUGACUUUCAUUCAUUUUCUGCAUUCUACCCUUUACCUUACCCCUAACCAAUUAUUAUUAUUAUACAAUUAUUUUAUGACUCUGUUUUUAUCAACCUAAUCCCGUUUAUAUCGUGAAACAAAGGAGAUUUCCUGGUAUUGUAUCCAGACAUCCGUCUUGAUCAAUUUCUACUGGCUAAUUCAAAUAUAUGUCUCUCUGCCAGGAAUCCUGUUACCGGAUAUAUAUGAUGACGUCAUAUCUCAUUACCAGACUUCCUCUUUCCAAUCACCGCACGUCCCGCCUACCGCACAAUGAAGUGACCUGUCAAAAGCCAGAUGGAAAACUACACCUACAACAGUCCCACACUUCAGCUGGAGGGCUUGCAGUUUGCAGAUUACUCAGUGAGCCUUGUCUUUUUCCUGUUUCUGUUUUCCUACAUCAUAUUUAUGAUUAUGAAUCUGGGUAUUUUAAUAAUCAUUGUCUUUGAAAAGAACCUUCAUCAGCCCAUGUAUCUGCUGUUUGUCAACCUGACGGUCAGUGACAUCAUUGGAAGUACGCAUAUUUUACCCCGUUUGCUUUCAGACAUCUUGCUGCCUCCAUCUGAGCGUCUCAUCAGUUAUUAUGAAUGUGUGGUUCAAGCUUUUAUUACGCACAUGUUUGGCACCACUUCCCACACAGUGCUUAUGGCCAUGGCCUUUGACAGAUACGUGGCCAUCUGUCGUCCCCUGUUCUACAGCACAAUAAUGACCAACAUGAUGAUAGUAAAGCUGGUAGCGCUGUCCUGGGGCGUGCCGUUUGUGCUGGUUGCUAUUCUGCUGGGUCUGACUGUGAGGCUAAACCGAUGCAGGACCCUCAUCACCAACCCUUUCUGUGAUAACGCCUCACUUUUCAAGCUUUCCUGCGAGAGUGUGAUCAUUAAUAAUAUCUAUGGUCUGACAUUCACUGUGCUGCUGUUUGUAGCAUCUAUUGGCUGCAUUGUUCUCACCUAUGGGAGCAUCACAGCAGUCUGUCUGGCCACUAAGAACAAAUCUUUGAACAGUAAAGCAUUUAAGACUUGCAGCACACAUCUGGUCGUUUAUCUUAUUAUGUCCCUUAGUGGCGUCAUGAUUGUUGUUCUCCAUCGGUUUCCCCAAUAUUCAGACUACAGGAAACUCUCAGCUGUCUUGUUCGUCAUUGUCCCAGGGACCCUCAAUCCCGUUAUUUAUGGUUUACAGUCCAAGGAGAUACGAAAUUUUUUAUAUAAACUUUUUAUUUGUAGAAAAUGUUUUCCGUCAUGUGAAAGUAAAUCUUUGAUUAAGCCUGUUCAAAAAGGUUGAAAUAAAUAUCAUCAAAACAAACAAGCAUUUGCGGAAUGAAUCCACUUUUACCAAAAGUCAGUCAUUCUUUUAUUAGCAUUCUUACAACUUGCAUAUUAAGGAUAUAAUAUUAAACCACUAUUUUCUCUAGAUACCUCACUUAAUGUUCUCUUUUCUGUCAUUUUAAUAACAGAGACAAGAAAAUUAUACACAAAAUAAUUGCCGUUUACAAUUUAAAACAUUCAGAUGGAUUCUUUGCAUCUGACUUAAAAUGAUUAUCAACAAAAGUUACAAACACAACUCCAGUCUACAGUAACUUCGUCAUGAGUUGUUGUUUGGUGAGGAAAAUGGAAGUGGUGAACCCAGGUUGUAGAGCAAAUGAUGGUUUUAACGAUGAUAAACAACAUAACACAAAAUCUAGGCAGCACAGGUGGCUGAGUAAGCAAGGAACUGACAAACUGGUAGCACUGGAAUUUAAACAGACAGCGAUGGCAAGGACACAACAUCAGACAAGGUCAGAUGGGGAAACAGACACAGGUGAAUAUAAAUACACAAGGAGAUAAUCAGGGAACAAGACACAGCUGGGAACAACUAAGGCCAAGACACGCAGACGCAGGGACUAAAUUAACUAAUAAACUCACCUAAAAACCCAAAUCCUUACAAACUUUAAAAUAAAAUAUUUUGCAAUAUUUGUUUAUUUGGUUGAAAGUAAUUAUUUUUGGCUAAGUUUUUCAUACUAUGUGCAAGUCAGACAACACACAACAAAACAUUACUGUGGGUUUUGGGGGGACUGAUGCUAACUUUAAAAAAUAUGCAUGAUAUUUUCUAACAAAGGGGACAAAAUAUGUCUGAUUCCUCACUGGACAUUUAUAAGGAACAUCAGAGAAUAUGGUCCAUGUUCCUUGAAAGGGUGUAAAGAUCCAUACACCCUUUAUGAAUACUGGGUUAGGGCUAGGAUUAGGGGUAGCAAAGGGUACUGAUUUAACAUCUAGGUUCAGGUUAUACACCAGAUAUAUUACAUCAAACAAGAUAAACAUAAUGUGAUAUUUCAACACAGGGGAUGAGAUCCAGGUUCCCCUUCUUUUCUACUUCAGGAGAAUUGAAGAUUUAGUCUUCAGGAUGGCAAGUCACCCGACUCCUCAUGGUCAGCUCGCUGAAUCCAGUUUGUGACGCCAAUUUAUUAUAGAAUUUUUAAUAUGUGUUUCAAAAACCAAAGAAAAUAGUGAAGAGACGACCUGUCUGUCAAUUUAUUCUUUGCAGCAAGGAGAGUUUACUUACACAGCUUCUUACAGAAAAUAGUACGUAGUUCUGGAAAACAAAGAUUACACACUUUCUUUUUAUACACGUAAUUGCACCAAAAGCAAUAUCUCUGCAUGCAGGUGUCCUACUUUAACUAGACAAAAACACACUGCAAGAUAUGCAUGUUAAAAAACUAUUUCAAACAAUUUCUCUUGGCUACACACAGUUCACUCGAAGGAAAAUGUUAAAGGUAGAUUUUCCCUGACACUCACUAAGGAUGAAUCUAUCAGGCUUCCCUAUGGCUGCUGUGGCUGCAGUGUAGUUUACCACCAUCAAUGAUGAAUGGGUGAAUAACAAAGUGUACAGUCAUAUUUAAUAAAUUAGAGAAUGUGUUCCAAUAAUGCCCAUUUUUCAGAUUAGAAGUACCAUUUGAAAAUAACAUUGAAGCACGAUACUUUUCAU